CACGCCUAAUUAUCAUAAUUAUCACAACUCUACAAGCUUCAGAAAAGUCAAAUGAUCCCUCAUGUGGUUCCGUGUGUCCAUAAUCGACCAUUUGCACGGAUGUGUUACACUGCCGUGUGGCCGAGCCACGGGGCCGCGCUGCACCUAUUGUUCAAGUCAUGAGCUGCUGCGUGGGGUGUGGUGGAACUCAUGGAAAAAAUAGAUCCUGCUCUCCACGCUGAGGAUCCACCGCAUCCACGCCAUUUUUUCCUCUCAUGACCAUUGUGUGUGUGUGUGUGUGUGUGUGUGUGUGUGUGUGUGUGUGUGUGUGUGUGUGAGCGAAAAUCUGCUUUCUACACUUUUGAUGAAUAACACAAAUUUAAAAAAUAGACACUUCCUCUUUCAAACUUUUUACCACCCAAAUUUACCUGACGUAAUGAUCAUAAUAUAAUGCCAUGAUUAUAAUAAUAGUAUUAAUAACAGGCCUGAUAAUAAUGAUAAUAGCAAACAUAUCAUACAAGACUUAAUAUUUAAUUCUAUGAGGCGUUUAAUAUGGGCCUUUUAAAUAAAUGUCAUUGCUAUCUUUAUAAUAUUCUUUAUAAUACACUCACCUGUUGCAGUCUCGUUUCAUCACGGGUAUGUGAGGUAUUUCUUGCAUCCGUUGACAGACCGGGGAAUAUUCGUGUAAUUAAAACUGAAAUCGAUGGGGAACAUUCUUCCAAACGCACCUUGAAUGCAUCACAUUAAGGCAGCUCUACAAUUAAAUAUCGCUGUAUAAAAUCCCGACAGCUGAUCAUUUUUUUAGUCUGUUAAAUUCCAUAGAUUUCAAUUGUUUCAUUUGAUUUGUAAUUUACAAAGAGUUAAUAAUAAUAAUAAAAAAACAUGUAGGCUUAGAAAUGUUGACAACCAAAGCUCCUACUUUCAAUAAUAAUAAUAAUAAUAAUGAUCAUAACAAUAAAAUAAUAAUAAUAAUGUCCGUAACAAGAAUUAUUAUAUUUUGUAUUUUAUUUUAUUUUAUUUAUUUAACAGGGAAAGUACAGCUAUAAACUAAUUGUCAUCCGUAUAGUCCCUGGGCAGGAAACAAUAAUUUCUCUGCUAAAAAACACUAUGAUAUAAAAAACCCCACACAAUUACAUAAUUUAUUUAAAUUUAUUCAUCUAUUUAAGGGACAUUUUGUGUGUAUAUGUGUGCAUGUGUGUGUGACUCUCGUCACUGUAAACAUGCUUUAUAAGAACGUUUAUAUUGCAGAUAACUUAUUUUAUUCACUAGUUAAAGCUUUAAAUGACAUAAGUGUUUCUUUUUUUUUUCUAUUGUCCAACAUAAGGUAGUAGUUUUGUUUGUUUUAUACUGUAUAUUAUCAGCCUUACAUAAUUAAACUUUCCUAUAAUACUCCCAGCAGUGUCCUGACGCCUCACACUUUCAUCAGAGGCUGGGAAACAUAAUCACAUGUAUCCUCGUUAUUUACAUAUUUUCAUCACUAGUUGUGCCACUUGGUGAAAAGUUUGGUAGCUGAAACUUGUGACACCACAAUCUGACCCCGUGAGGUCAACCCAGACAGAAGGGGAGCUCCUGCCGUCCAAUCACAGAGCUCCCCCAGCCCCUCAACGUCCGGGUCUUCGCCCAAUCAGGGGACGCAGCGCGGAGUCAGAGGGGACAGCGACCACAGAUAAAAUGUUUGACUUGCAUCCAUCUCUCUCAAACCAUCCUCUGAAUGCUCGCAGGACUGUUAGCGACCUGCACUUUGAUUUAACCCCUCAGCUCAGCCCUCAGCGGCCGCUGGAUACCUGUCAACACUCCUGCAGAGGACUUCCAGAGUCUCUGUCGAGGCAACCUGUUACUGAAGGAGAAGCGCUGCGGCUGUAGAGAAGGCGAAAUAUUACAGCAGACUAAAGUUUUGUGGGAUUAAAAGCGACAAAACAAAGGCAGCUUCGUUUUAAAGAGUUCCCUGACAGAAAGUCAGGAGUCAUGACAGCGCUUGCAGGAGGUUUACCGAGAAUGAUGAGACCGACUCCUCACCAGAACUACCCGCGGGGAGGAUACUCUCUGGAGGUCUCCACUCCGUUAGGACAGGGUCGGGUCAACCAGCUCGGUGGUGUCUUCAUAAACGGCAGACCUCUCCCCAACCACAUCCGCCACAAAAUCGUGGAGAUGGCCCAUCACGGUGUCCGGCCGUGCGUCAUCUCCCGACAGCUGCGCGUGUCCCACGGAUGCGUCUCCAAAAUCCUGUGCCGGUACCAGGAGACAGGCUCCAUCAGGCCGGGGGCCAUCGGAGGCAGCAAGCCAAAGCAAACCGCUUCUCCAGAGGUGGACAAGAAAAUCGAGGAGUACAAGAGAGAAAACCCGGGCAUGUUCAGCUGGGAAAUCAGGGACAAGUUACUGAAAGAUGGCGUCUGCGACAGGAACAACGUUCCCUCAGUGAGCGCCAUCAGUCGCAUCAUGCGCUCUAAAUUCGGCGGAGUCGGGGAUGAUGAUGAGGAUGAUGACGAGGUGGUGAAGAGGGAGAUGGAGGAAAACGAACCACGGACGAAACACAGCAUCGAUGGCAUCCUGGGAGACAGAUCCAGCCACUCAGAUGAGGGCUCCGACGUGGACUCGGAGCCAGGCCUGCCUCUGAAGAGGAAGCAGCGCCGCAGUCGGACCACCUUCACGGCCGAGCAGCUGGAGGAGCUGGAGAGGGCCUUCGAACGCACGCACUACCCCGACAUCUACACGCGGGAGGAGCUGGCUCAGCGGGCCAAACUGACAGAGGCUCGAGUUCAGGUGUGGUUCAGCAACAGAAGAGCCCGGUGGAGGAAGCAAGCAGGAGCCAAUCAACUGAUGGCAUUUAACCACCUCAUCCCCGGUGGUUUCCCUCCGUCAGCUAUGUCCGGCCUGCAGCCCUAUCAGCUGUCCGACAGCCCCUACACUCCCACCUCGAUAGCUCAAGCGUCCGAGCAGCCCAGCACAGUCCACCGACCGCAGCCUCUGCCCCCCACCUCCGUGCACCAGAGUGGGCUCGCCUCGUCAGCCGGCUCCCAGGAUGGAAGCUCUGCGUACUGCCUGUCCUCUGGACGUCACAGCUUCUCAGGAUACUCUGACAGCUUUGUGGCGCCAACAGGACACACCAACACUGUCAACCCCACCAUCGGCAACAGUCUCUCGCCACAGGUAAUGGGCCUAUUGAACCCAGGUGGAGUGCCACAUCAGUCCCAGAGUGACUUCGCCCUCUCCCCACUGACUGGAGGCCUGGAGCCAAACGGAGGCAUGGCCGCCAGCUGCCAUGGUUCCCAGCGUUUGGAGGCUCUACCAGGCCUGACCAGUAUGCCCACGCUGCCUAGCACUCAGUCUUACUGCCCACCUUCCUACACCUCCCCAGCCUAUGCCAUGGACCACCAUCCAACCUACCAGUAUGGACAGUACAGUCAGAGCAAGGUGCCUUUCAUUAUAUGAAGCCCCCGACAUGGCCUGAACGAACAGGAGGCUUCCCGGGCAAGUCUGACAUUCAUCGCCAGAGAACAACCCCCCUUUCCACAUGCUGCCUUUGCCAAAUCUCCCCAGCCCCAAGGACAGCGAGAGCCAGAGAGCGGUUGGGUGGGUGAAAGGGGUUGAGGUGUUCUCCUUCAGCAAGAAAAACCAGUUGAGAAGGAGGUGUAGCGAUGGCGAUGGAGGGGGUUGGCUGGAAUAAUUAGGACCAAAGGCGCAGCCUCUCCUGUUACCUGGCAAUCGCUUUGCUUGUGCAUCACGUCACGCUCCGAGGACCAAGCGCGGCUCGUUGUCCACGCUUAAAGAGGAAAAGAAGAGGGCGGGUGGGGAGAGGGGGAGUAAAUACAUUCAAGAUUCUGUAUUUGAUUUUUGUAAUAAGUGGCAGAGAGGUGAACUUGGGAAGCCCCCUGUGCUUCUGAGGUCCAACUUGAUAGGGGAGGGUGUAUGGUUGAUGGUUAUCAGAAGGCCAGAUGGUGAUAACGUGUUGCACUCAGCCGCAAUGUUCUUCUAAAGAUCUCUUCAUCACAGUGUCUUAGGAAAAUAAUAUUUACUGUACAUUGAUGCAACUCACGUUAAAGACUUUGGAGAUGGAAACAUGACUACACCGGGAAAACCAGCCGGAAGGCAAGAACGGAGGUGGAGGUGGAGUUAUAGGGAAACCACUGCAACCCAAAGAAAGUGCAAUACAUUCAUACCUCAUGUGAUGUAAAUUACCACGGAUCAAAUGUCCCUGAUUAUACCCUCAAAAAAAAACAAAAAAAACCCAAACCCUCUCUUUUUAAUGUCAUUAAUUUUGGGUUGUGUGCAUUGAUCAAUCAGGGGAAAUCAUCGAGCGAUGAAAGAUAGCAAAACGUAGUCGUGAUGUCAUAAAGCCAAAAAAAUUCUCUGCCAGUGAAUACAUUAUUCAGUUUGACAGUUAAUUUUUUAUUUUUUUCAAUUUUGCAUGUUGAAUUAGUUUUCACCAGGAACUUGCAAACGUUGGUUCCAUUUCUUAUUUAUUUAGUGUUGUUCCAGUGUUACGUCUCCUCUGUACGUUUUGUAUUAAGUGCUCUUAAGUGCUUAAGUGAGUCUUACACAAUGUUCAUUAUACGUGUUUUUUUCUUUUGUAUAAUUUCCAUUUACAUUGGCGUAAAAUGAUUUUUGUUGUAAGAAGUUUUGUGUACAAUACAGCACUAUUUACUA